AUGGCGGAUCGUCACCCAGAAUGGGGGCCCUGCAGACCCUUGAAGGUUCAAAAAGUGAAGCAGCCACAGAGGGCCCAGGUGGCAUGCAAGUCUUCCCCACCUGUGCAGGACCAUCCCAGGGUGAGCUGUUGGAAAUGCGGGGCCUUUGGGCCCAAGGCAAGCAGCCUCAGGUGUCCCAUGAAGCGUCGGAGUGGGGCCCUAGCCCCCCAUGCCCUUGGCUCCAGUGUGAUGAAGGAGAGCCAGAAUCCAUGGACUCCCAGGGACCUGAGGAACCGAGUGCUCAUCAACAAGGCUGUUAGGUUGACCCAGCAGAGAGUUCGGCAUGAAGAACAGAGACGUGCUCUGCGCCAGAGAUUACCCAGGAGAGCCCCGGGAGGACACCAGCAAAACUGGAAGGACAAGUCAGAAUCCUGUGACUACGUGAGGGUGAGAUGCUGGAACUGCAGGGCCUUUGGGCACAAGGCAAGCAGGUGUCCACUGAAGCAUUGGAAUAGGUCCCCAGUUCCCCAGGCUAUGGGCUCCAAUAUGAUGAAGGAGAACCUGAAACCAUGGAAUCCCCAGGUCCAGCGGAACCCAGGACACCUUAACAGGGCUGCUAGGGAGACUGAGCAGAGAGCAUGGCAUGAAGAACAGAGAGAGGCUCCUUGCUGGAGAUUUCCCUGGAGACCCACUCAAAGGCCCCAGAAAAACUGGAAGGAAGAGACAGAACCCUGUGACUAUGUAAGCGAUCCACACACGCAGAGACCCUAUCAGAACGCCAAGAGGAAAUAUGUGCAAGAUAUCACCCCUUGGUCACCGAAAAGGAAACAUGUCAUGACAUGCUCAGCAACUCCCAUCAAAGGUGUUGAGAGAAGUGCCUGCUUACCUCCUGUACCAAAGAAUGGACAGGAAGGGCCUGUCACAGACUCCCCUCAUGCAGAAGGCACACACUUUGUCCAGGAUCCCAGCCACAGUGUCCAUGAGGGGGACAACAGGCCCCAUUCUGCCUUCAGCACCCAGGACCUGGACCAAGCCCUCAUCCACCAGCCACAGGCCAAGUUCCCUGAUGGGAACUCACACAGCAUCCAACAUGCUGCUGCACACAGUGUGGGCCAGGACUCUGAUCUCAUCAUCAAGGUACCUGGCAAGAGAGCUGCCCAGACCUCCAGCCAGACCUACCAGAAGCCCACAAAGAAAACCAGACUCAGCCCCAGCCUGAAGAGCACCCAGAGACCAGACCUCCAGCCGCAGCACAAGGGCCAUCUCAUCAAGACUCUCCAGCCCUGCCAUGUGCCCCAGUUCCCACCAAUUCCCCAGGUUCGAGGCCAGCCCCUCAGAAUGGUCUUCACGACAUUAGACAAAGGCCAGUGGAGCUCCAGGUGCAUGACACCUCCAUCCCUCCCUCCUGCUGAGAUGCUCACGGCUGCUGCUCAGAUCCCUCCCACCACUGAGAAGUCAGAGGCACUCUGUCCCUGUGUCUCCUUGAGCAUCCUCCUUGAGGCCCUUCAGCUGUCCUCUUCCUCGAAGAAGGUGAUGGCCAAUGAGACACUCCAUGUCAGGGAAGACAUGUUCCUCAGCCCCAGGCCACUUGGAGUUGCCUGA